GGGGCAGGGCUUUGCCUGCCAGAGCUGAGGGAAGCUGACACCUGCCACGUGGUGGCUCCAGCAGGGUCCUCUCAUUGGUGCCACCUGCAGAGAGUGCAGCAGGGGGGGCAGCGCCUGGCCGUCAGAGGACACUCCUGACAGCCGCACAAUGGCCACUAUAAAAGCCAGCGGGGCGGGCUGAGGCGGCCAGGAAGGGACAAGGGCCCGCAGGCAGCUGUCAUGGGGGAGCGGUUCCAGGCGGCCAUGCUCCUGGGGGGCGUGGGCGACGCUCUCGGCUACAGAAACCUCUGCGCGGAGAACAGCGCGGUGGCGGGCUCGGAGGUCCAGGAGGAGCUGCGGCGUGGCGGGGGACUCGAGCAGCUCGUGCUCUCGCCAGGGAAGUGGCCAGUGAGUGACAACACCGUCAUGCACAUCGCCACCGCCCAGGCCCUCACCACAGACUACUGGUGCCUGGAUGACCUGUACCGCGAGAUGGUGCGGAGAUACGUGGACGUCGUCGAGAAGCUUCCAGAACGCCGGCCAGACCCGGCCACCGUGGAAGGCUGCUCCCAGCUGAAGCCGGACAACUACCUGCUCGCCUGGCACACGCCCUUCAACGAAAAGGGGUCGGGGUUCGGAGCGGCCACGAAGGCCAUGUGCAUCGGCAUGCGGUACUGGGGCCCGGAGCGCCUGGACACGCUGGUGGAGGUCAGCAUCGAGUGCGGCCGGAUGACCCACAACCACCCCACAGGCUUCCUGGGGUCCCUGUGCACGGCCCUGUUCGUGUCCUACGCCAUACAAGGCAGGCCGCUGGCGCAGUGGGGCAGGGACAUGCUUCGGGUGGUCCCGCUGGCCGAGGAGUACUGCAGGAGGACCAUCCGGCACAUGGCAGAGUACCAGGAGCACUGGUUCUACUUCGAAGCUAAGUGGCAGUUCUACCUGGAGGAGAGGAAGAUCAGCGAGGACCAGGAGAACAAAGCCACCUUCCCGGACAACUACGACGCGGAGGAGAGGGACAAGGCCUACAGGAAGUGGAGCUCGGAAGGCCGCGGGGGCCGGCGGGGCCACGACGCUCCCAUGAUCGCCUACGACGCGCUCCUCGCGGCGGGCAGCAGUUGGGCAGAGCUGUGUCGCCGGGCCAUGUUCCAUGCAGGAGAGAGCGCGGCCACGGGCGCCAUCGCGGGCUGCCUGUUCGGACUGCUGUACGGCCUGGACGCCGUCCCCAGCGGCCUGUACCGCGAGCUGCAGCACCGGGAGACGCUGGAGGCCCUGGGCGCGGCCCUGCACCGCCUGUCCACCGAGGAGAAGUAAAGCCGCGCACCGCGCUGCUGCCGGGAGCCCGCCUUGGCCCUCGCCCGCGGUCACCGACUGUCGCCGGGACGCUGCGAGCUCUGUCCGUCCCGGAACUAACACGUCCGUCCGCUCGCGCGCCCGCAGCACUAACAGGCCCCGCUGCGUCCUUGCGACCGGGGCAGCCCACUCCCACGCCUGCCCGCGCGGCCAGCGCCCUGCCCUACCCGCCCAGCCCGGCGUUUAGUCACACCAGAUCGCUGAGCUCAGCCUCCUCUGGAGCGACAGCCGCCCGGCCUCGCGCUGCGUCCUGUGGGUCCGGUCCGCAGCCUCCCCGGGCAGGUCCGCGGCGGAGAAGCCUCCCACCCUGCCCCCUCCGCGUCCCGGCUCUCGAGGUCCCCGUCUCUGAACCGCCAGGCAGCGCACACUUGCUCUUGUUGUUUGAAAUAAACCUAGACUCGGAUGUCUCA